AUGUAUGUAAAGCGCAAAGCAAGCAUGUGUAAUAUGUUUUCUUCUUCUAAGCAACAUGUGUCUCUCACCACUGAUAUCUGGGUUGCUCCAUCUACAGCUGCGAGUUAUAUGGUCGUUACCGCACACUGGAUUGAUACCAAUUGGAGGCUAAGGAAACUCAUUAUCGGUUUCAAGAAUGUCAUAGAUCAUAAAGGUGUUACAAUAGCAAGAGUUCUCGAAGAGUGUCUAUCUGAAUGGAGUAUAAUGAAGAUCUUCACCAUCAUUGUCGACAAUGCAACAGUCAACACGAAUGCUUUGAAGAUUUUUGCCGAAUUGUAUGGAGCAAUUGCGAGUGAUGCUUUGGUGCUGGAUGGUCGAUUCCUACAUAUGGGGUGUCCUGCUCAUAUUGUCAACUUAGUGGUAAAAGAUGGACUAAAAGAAAUUGAUGACUCAAUUUGUGCAAUCCGAAAUUCCAUCACAUAUGUAAGGUCUUCUACUACAAGGUUAAAUUCGUUCGAGUUGUGCGUUCUAUCUGGUAAGACGAGAUGGAACUCGACUUACCUCAUGCUGAGCAAGGCACUUAAGUUUCGGUUGGCCUUUGAUAGGAUGGAAGCUGAGGACAAGCUGUAUAAUGAGUAUUUUCAGGAGACAAUGGAUGGAAAGAAACGCGUUGGACCACCAACAAGGGAUGAUUGGGAUGCAGUUGAAGGGCUGGUAAGGUUUCUUGUAAUAUUUUACAAUUCGACCUUGGUAGUUUUUGCUUCAAACUCGGUGAACUCAUACAAAUGUUAUACUGAGAUUGUCACCAUCGAGAGGAACCUGAUUAAGUUGAGCAAUGAUCUUGAUGUGGAGCUAAGAAAGAAAGCAAUGGCUAUGAGAGAAAAUUUUAAUAAGUAUUGGGAAGGGCUAAAGAAAAUCAAUAGGCUGUUGAUAGUUGCUAGCAUCUUAGAUCCAAGGAACAAGAUGAGGUUUGCUACUCUUUGUUUUGAGCGGGUUUAUGGUAAAGACAAUGUAGAAACUAAGGCUCUACAGAGUUCAGUUGCGGAUGUCUUGAAGAGUUUGUUUGAGGAAUAUACUCUGAGGUAUGUGACUGUGCACGGGGAUGAUAUCAUUGGCACACGAUCUCAAUCUGGUGCAACAUCAUCUCAGAGUACUGGUCAAGAUGGUUCCAGUAGAAUGGAUUUAGAUACUGAUGUGGGUUAG